GACAAGGCACAAGAUCUGAAGAAAUAGAAAAGGGGAAAAAGCAGACCAUCAUUAAGACUUCAGUUUGAGUUGUGGAAUUUGUUUUGCCCUAUCUUUCUUUAUCUUCUCGUUUUCUUCCGUACACCAUGACUAAGCAACAAGCUAACUGGUCGCCCUACGAUAACAAUGGAGGAUCUUGUGUUGCAAUAGCCGGCGCCGAUUACUGUGUUAUCGCUGCUGACACACGUAUGUCCACUGGAUACAAUAUUCUCACUCGAGAUUACUCCAAAAUCUGUCAACUUGCUGAAAAAAGUGUAAUGGCAUCUUCUGGCUUUCAAGCUGAUGUCCAGGCUCUACAGAAGCAUCUAAAAGCAAAGCACUUGAUAUAUCAGCAUCAGCACAACAAGCAGAUGAGCUGCCCUGCCAUGGGUCAGCUACUAUCCAACACUCUCUACUUCAAACGCUUCUUUCCUUAUUAUGCUUUUAACGUUCUAGGUGGCCUUGACAGUGAAGGAAAAGGUUGUGUCUAUACUUAUGAUGCUGUUGGUUCCUAUGAGAGGGUUGGAUACAGUGCCCAGGGUUCUGGUUCCACUCUUAUUAUGCCAUUUCUGGACAAUCAACUAAAGUCUCCCAGCCCUCUCUUAUUGCCUGCCCAGGAUGCUGUAACUCCUCUUUCAGAACCAGAAGCUGUUGAUUUGGUGAAAACUGUUUUUGCUUCUGCAACCGAGAGGGAUAUAUAUACUGGAGACAAGGUUGAAAUUGUCGUUCUAAAUGCUGAUGGUAUUCGUCGGGAGUAUAUGGAACUUAGGAAAGAUUGAUCUGCUCAAAAGCUUGCUGUUUUUCUGGAAUUUGGUCGUCACUUCAGCAUUUCGAUCUUGAUCAGUGUAGCCUUAAAAUCAGUCCAUUUGGACGACGAGUACAUUUCCUAGCUGUAGAUUUGAUAAUGCAGUUCAUGUGUUGGGACAUCCUUUUGACAUCUAAAUUAAAAGGUUCUUUUUUUUUUU